AUGGAAGAUACUAUCGAUCCGGGAACAGUUUUAUCUGUGGAUCAAUUACAUCAUUUUAUUAUUAGUUUUGUUUCAAUUAGCAACAAUACACCUGUUUUCGAUAGAAACGAUGAUAUAUUGUCAGGGUUCAUAUCAAGUUACAACCCAGAUACAUUAUACAUUUGUAAAUACAAUAAAGACGAGGAAUUCAGGCUUCAUAAAGAAAUUAAUGAAUUAGAAGAAUCGGCUAAGAGUAUCAAUACCUUAAUUAUCUUAAUUAAAUCAAAGGGUAAAUUAUUGCUGAAUGUACCACUUACCAAGCAGUUAAACAUCAUCAACAUUCCCAUUAAUAUUUCAGAGGAAGAAGGAGCAGAAGCUGCCGAUAAAUCUAAUGAACUAUUUGAAAAAUUACGAUUGACUAUAAAUCUCGGAUUGUCACCUUAUUUCGAUUUAAUUUCAGCAUCAAAUGAGGAAGCUUCAUUAGCUACCACCAAGAAAAAGUUCAAUGAAUUAUCUUUAUCAUUACAACAUCUUCAACAAAGAAUUCACAUCCCCAACUUGUUGAUCACAACCCAUCCCAAGAUUACGCAAUUGAUUGAGCAAGACAAUGGCAAUAAUGAAGGUUCAAUUACGGAAUUGCUUGAAGAUACAACUUUUUUGAAUGAAAUUACAUCAAGUACCAAUAAUUGGAUUAGACAAAUUCAGACACUUACAAGAUUAAGUCAUGACCCAUUGGAUGGAGAAUCAAUAGUGGACGAUAUUCAAUUUUGGAGAUCCAUGGAAACUGCAUUGAUAUCAUUGAACCAACAAAUCAAUUCCCCCGAAGUGAAAUUGACAAUUGAUGUGUUGAAUAAAGCAAAGAGAUAUCAUAUUACUUUGAGUUUUCAAAAUGACAUUGGAUUGAAUAAGAAAUUAACCGAGGCCAAGUUGUAUAACUCUUUAUUGAAGGAAAUACCUAUUAAUGAUUUGAUCAUUAUAAAUGAGGAUGAAGAUUUUUCCAAGUUUGAAAUUGCAAUUAUGAGCAUAUUUAAUCACUUAAAGGUUAAAUUAAAUUCAAUCCCGUUAACAAGAGCAACUGAAACCAUUGAGGUCAUUUUGAAUGAUAUUGUUAGGAAAUUUCAAGAAUUAUUGGCCACAUGCUCGAUUAUGUCUUUGCCAUUGGCAAAAUUUAAUCAGCUUGUUGAUACAUGCUCUCAAAAGCUUUGUGAUAUCAUUGAGCAAAAUAUUAAGUAUUUGGUUAAUUUAUUAAGAGAAUUGUUAAGAAAACGUCAAGAAAAGUUCAAGAUAGUUAAAGUUGAUCAAACAAAUUUUGAUCAAUUGAGGGCAAGACUUUCCCAUCUUCAACAGUUUAGAUUCAAUCAUUCAAAUUUAUUAGAUGUUAUUGAGAAUGUAUCAUCGCCUGAAACUAAGAUUGAUUCAAUUAAUAGACUCAAUGAAGCUUACAAUCAAUAUAUUGUGCCUAUUAAUGUGGUGGAUAUUUCCCAUCAAGGUACUUUAAUUUGGUCAAUGAAUGAAGAAGCUUAUCUUGCUGUCUCAAACGAGUUAAAUUCAUCAAUUAUCAAAAGAAUCAAUAGUUUUUUCAAUGAUGCUAAUACAUUUAUAGACUUUAUGGCAUUAUACAACAAGUUUUUCAGUUCUAAAAGUUCAUCUGGUUUGUUAGUUCUGAUUUAUGAUGAAUUCAAAUUGAAGAUUUUGACAGUUGCAGAGAUGGAGAUUCAGAAGCUUAUUGAAUUGAAUUCAAACUCAAGGAAUGAAAUGAUGGAUAGUUUGAUUACAGGAAUUCCCUCGCAGCAACCACAUACGACCAAAAAUAUUGUUUCUGAGAUUAUUUGGAAUGCAAGUUUGAUUUCGAAAUUAUCAUUCUAUAGAGAAAAUUUGGAGAAUUUGUUAGGAUCAAAUUGGAAGAGCUAUUCAUUAGGUGUCAAGAUUGAUGCAAUUAUCAAUAAAAUCAUCAACAGCUUAAACCCGGAACCUAUUUUCAACAAAUGGAUCGAAGAAAUUAGUCAAAGUGGAGUAUCAUUUGAAAGCUUGGGCCCUAUACUCAGAGUCAUAGAGAGAUCAAAUAAUAAACUUGAAAUUAUUGUUAAUUUUGAUUAUUCAUUUCUUGAAACAUGUCAGCAAUUAAAUCAAUUAUCGAAUAUAGGUUAUAAAAUCCCAGCUUCAGUAAUGAUGCAAUACAAAAAAAUUCAUCAAUUAUAUCCUUUUGUCGUUGGAUUAAGAGAUCAUGUUAAUUUACUUUCAAGAUUAUUCGAAGUGGAAUUGCAAACUUCAGCAUACGGCAAAUCAUUGGGAUUUUUGGUAUCCUCUCAAGUGAAGAGAAUUGAAGAAACAUUGAAAGAGGUGAUAGGUUCAGUUACAUGGAUACACUUGUUACAAGCUAUAGAAUUGCAAAACUUGAAGGAGCCGCUUUUGACAAGAAGUGAUAAUUUAGUGGAAGUUAAAUCAUUGAAUAAAUUGAACCAAUUUCAGGAUUCUGUCAUUCAAUUAAGUUCACAAUUGAGCAAAUUAGAACACUUCUAUUGGUUUAUGAAUACUUGCAAACAUAAUUUGAAAACUGUCCCUUUUGAAUUUUCGCCUAUUGAACUGCAAUUGAAAAUGCUUCAAGUAGAGUUUAAUAACUUAUUAUUGGAGAAAAUUGAGCAUGUUGAAGAAUUAACGGAAUUUGUUAAUAAGGAAGUCGAAACAAUUCUUAGUGAAAGAUUACAAGUCCAAUUGUUUAUUUUCAAUAAGAAUGCAUUGGGGUUCAGUAGUGAUGAUAAUGAAGAAAUUGAAAUAAUGGAACUUGAUAAAUAUAUUCAAGAUAUCGAUUUAUUUAAACAUUCACUUGGGUUUCAAGAUGAAUCAUUUGUACUUGUUCCCCAAUUGGGACAUGGUAAACAACAUGCCUUUGAUAUUUUAAAUAAAAUGACAUACAUAGUUGAGAGUCAAAUUGUUAUUAAACCAGUAUCUUCACCUCCAAUGAAUUUCAAAAAUAUAAUUGUCGGACACGAAUUAACUAGAAAUGAGUUUAACUUUGUUUUAGAAAAGAUUGAACACUUAUAUGAUGAGGCUGAAGAAUAUAUUGAUAGAUGGAGGUUAUUGCAAAACUUAUGGGAAUUGAAUUUAGAAGAUCCAGAAGAGUCAUUGAAGUUAUUGAAUGAAUCGGAUUCAGUAUUGACUUGGUUUAAAGUAGUACAAGAUGUUCUUGAAAAUAGAAGGAUUUUUGAUCAAGCAGAACCAGAGAAAAAGUUCGCUCAAUUAUUUAUUGUGGAUUUUGGUAAAGUUCAAAACAGAGUUACGUUAAAGUUCGAUGCAUUUCAGAAACAGUUAUUGAAUAAAUUCUCUAAGAAGCUUGAAUCCGAAUCAACAUUAUUUAAUCACCAGUUAGUGUCAGGUAGAGAAACACUUGAAGUACCAUUAAGCUUCCAUUUGAAUUCUAAGAAAUUGAUAUCAAAUAUUGACAAUCAUUUUGGUUACAAACAGCGAUUGGAAGAUUGGAAUCAGAAGCUUGUCAGUUUCAGACAGAUCCAGAACUAUUUAUUUCGUCACAGAUUCAAAUUUCCCCCAGAUUGGAUGUAUACUGAGCAAUUAGAAAAUAAUUUAUCAAUGGUAGCCUCAUUAAUUGAACGAAAAGAUAAAUUAAUUGAAGAGCAUUUAGAAAUUAUUUCAUCAAAGGUAAAAGCAGAAGCUACUAAAGUCAACGAUUCCAUCAAAUCUUUAUCUCAAGAAUGGGCGACCAAGAAACCUAUUUCAGGUAAUUUGAAUCCAUCAUUGGCCAUUGUAGAUUUGGAUAAUUUUCAAACAUUGUUUACAAAAUUAGAAACGCAAUCCAAAUCCCUAUUAAAUGUAUCAACACUGUUAAAUAUUUCAAUCGGUUCCAUUGAUGACGUAAGCUUGGUAACCGAGGAAAUAAAGGAUCUUAAGUCAGUUUGGUCUUCUGUGAAUGUAUUAUGGGAAGAUCUCGAAAGAUUGAAAAAUUGGAAAUGGUCUGAAUUUCAACCAAGACAAUUAUAUCGUACAUUAGAUGAUUUAUUGAAUGCCUCUAGAUCCUUACCAGUUAACAUAAGACAGUAUGCAGCCGUAGAUGAAAUUCAGAAUUCACUAAAGAAUUAUGUAAAGACUCAUUCAAAAAUUUCAGAGUUGAAAGGUGAUUGUAUGAAACCACGUCAUUGGAAAGUUUUGCUAGGACAAUUGGGUUCGAAAAAGCGCUCAAUGGAGGAUUUGACCGUAGGAGAUGUCUGGAAUUUAAACAUUGCUUUGAAUAUACAAACUGUUAAUGCCAUUUUGGAACAAGCUAAUAAUGAAAGAACAAUUGAAGAGAAAUUGAACAGUAUUAAUAGUGGUUGGUCUUCAGUCACGUUUGAAUUAUCUAAUUAUGAAAAUAAAUGCCGAUUAGUUAAGAAUUGGGAUAACUUAUUUGAUCAAUGCAACAAUGAUAUCAGUGCAUUGUCAAGUAUGAAGAACUCGCCUUAUUUUGGAAGUUUUGAAAGAGAGAUUAGUGAAUUGGAAAAGAAAUUGAAUAUUCUAUUUGUUAUAUUAGAUACAUGGAUUGAAGUUCAACGACAAUGGGUUUAUUUGGAUGGAGUUUUUGGAAAUCACAAUAAUGAUAUCAAGAGUUUAUUACCUAUUGAAACUACUAGAUUUACAAACAUUACUUAUGAAUUUUUCAACAUCUUAAAGAGGAUAUACAAGUUUAAUUUAGUUAUUGAUAUUAUAUUAGUAGGUGAUAUCCAACCAACAAUGAAUAAAUUUUUGGAUAGUUUGACCAAAGUAAGAAAAUCAUUGACUGAUUAUCUUGAGAAACAGAGAGAAUUAUUUCCGAGGUUCUAUUUCGUUGGGAAUGAAGAUUUAUUAGAAAUUAUUGGGGGGUCUCAUGAUGUUAAUAGAGUCAACAGGCACUUUAAGAAGAUGUUUGGUGGUAUCCAAGGGGUUAGAUAUAUAAAUGAAUCUUCAUCUAUUGUGGGAGUGUACAGUGAAGAAGGAGAAGAAUUGAAAUUGAACAAUCCUAUUUCGUUGAUUAAGUUCACUCGUUUGAAUGAAUGGUUGAAAGAGUUGGAAUUAGAGACUAGAUUAUCAAUUUCGCAGCUUGUGAAAUCCAACAUUAGUGUUUGCAAGGAAUUAUUUGUUGCCAAAUUAGAUACAGAAAAUGUGAUGAAUUUCCUUAGAACGAUACCAACUCAAGUUGCAACAUUAUCAAUUCAAAUAUAUUUUACCAACCAAACAGAAGAAUCAUUGAAAACUGGACAAAUACCGCAACAGCUUUCAAGUUUACAUCUUUUCAUCAACAUGCUUACAAAAUUGAUAGACUCUAAUAUUCUGAAUUUAGAAAGAAAGAAAAUUCAAUAUUUGGCAAUUGAGACAAUUCAUCAACGUGAUAUUCUAGAACGUCUAAUGGGUAGCAAUUCGGAAAUGGAAAAAAGUUCAAUUUGGAAUUUGAGCCAAAGGUUUUAUUACGAUGUUUCAAAUAAUGAUUUGCUCACUAGUUUAACUGUUAAGCUUGCAACUUCCAGUAUAACAUAUGGCUUCGAAUAUUUAGGAAUACCAGAAAAAUUGGCAUAUACACCAUUAAUAAACGAUUGUUUCACCGCCAUGAGUCAAGCAAUAAGCAUGAAGCAGGGUGGGUCACCAUUUGGACCGGCAGGUACAGGUAAAACUGAAUCUGUAAAAGCAUUAGGUCAUAACUUGGGGAAAAUGGUACUUGUAUUUUGUUGCGAUGAAUCUUUUGAUUUCCAAUCAAUGGGUAGAAUUUUCCUUGGUCUUUGUAAAGUUGGUAUUUGGGGAUGUUUUGACGAAUUCAAUCGUUUGGAUGACAAAAAUUUAAGUGCUGUGUCGCACCUGAUUGAAAAUAUUGAACAUGGUUUGAGAAAUCCAGAAGCUUCUAUUUCUGUUUCUGGACGAGAUAUAAAGGUGAAUCCUGAUACUGGGAUUUUUGUUACUAUGAAUCCAGGAUAUGUGGGAAGAAACGAAUUACCUGAAAAUUUAAAGAAAUUGUUCCGAAGUUUUGCAAUGACGAGGCCAGACAGUGAAAAAAUCGUUGAAGUUAUUCUUACAUCUCAGGCAUUUGAACAUUCCAGGGAAUUGGCAAAGAUUAUAGUGCCAUUCUUUUCUAAAUUAGAUGAGCUGGUGUCUAAACAAGCACAUUAUGAUUUUGGAUUGAGGGCUCUUAAGAGUAUGUUACUUAGAUGUGGUGUCACAAAACGAAGGGUAGAAAAAGAAAGUGAAUUGGAUACAAAAACAUGGGAAUAUAGAUUGGUUCUACAAAGUGUAUGUGAGACGAUAUUGCCAAAGUUGGUCAGACUGGAUGAAUUAUUGUUUGAACAAUUGAUAGAAGAGUUUUUCCUUAAUGUUAGUUACGAAGUGAAUGAUAAUGCGAAAUUAAUCUUUGAAAUCGAGAAAUUUUGUGAAUCUAAUGGUUUGCUAUAUGAUGAAAGGUGGGUUGCAAAGGCAUUGCAACUAUAUGAUAUUCAAAAGUCUCAUCACGGAAUUAUGUUAGUAGGAGAAGCCGGAUCUGGAAAAUCAUCUAUCAUGAACCUGUUGGUACAAUCAUUGCUGGUUGUCGAAGAAAAAGAACAUGUCACCUUCCAUAUCGAUGCAAAAGUUCUUUCAAAGGAUCAGAUUUAUGGUAAAUUGGACUUAGUAACCAGAGAUUGGGUGGAUGGGCUUUUCACGAGUAUUCUAAGAAAAAUUCGGGAGAAUUUAAGAGGUGAGUUGUCAAAGCGGAUUUGGAUUGUUUUUGAUGGAGAUAUUGAUCCACGAUGGGCUGAGAACCUCAAUAGUGUUUUAGAUGAUAACAAAAUAUUGACUCUUCCUAAUGGAGAACGUUUGGGAUUGCCUCCGAAUGUUAGAAUUGUCUUUGAAGUUGAUAGCUUACGGUACACUACUCCAGCAACUGUAAGUAGAACUGGUAUGGUCUGGUUUGAUAAAUCGUUGAUUUCAGUGCAGGCCAAUUUUAGAAAACUCAUUCAUCAGUUAAGAUCAUUCAAAGUCGAUGUAUCAGAAGAUUUCGGCCCCAUAAAUGGUUUUAAUAGUUUAAAGAAUCUAUUUGUGGAUAGAAUAUCUGAAAUUUUGAAUCCAGAACUUUUGUUAACAAUCUCGAAAAUUUCUCAAAAGAUCGGUCACAUAAUGGAAUUUUCUUUUCAAAGGGCAGUAAAGUCUUUUGAAAUUUCAUUGCGCUCCCAUUUAAGACGCUUGCUUGACUUUGCAACCAAGUAUGAAUUACCAGAUGAAAUCGAUAUUAAGAAGUAUGCCAGUAAAGCAAUUCUUCUUUCAUUCCUAUGGACAUUUGCAGGGGAUGCAUCCCAAUCUGAUAAAGAAAAGUUUAGUUCCGAAGUUUCUCAAUUGAAUGCCUUCACUCACCUAGAACCAAUUACUGGAAAUUAUAUUGAUUUUGAUAUUUCAUUACCUGACUGUGAGUGGAUAUCUUGGAAUAGCAAAGUAGAAGCAAUUGAGCUUGAACCGCAUGAAGUUGCAAGUCCCAAUCUUGUUGUACCCACAAUCGACACUGUUAGACAUGAAUAUCUUGUCUAUCUGAUCUUGAAUGAGCAUCGCCCGUUAUUACUUUGUGGACCGCCAGGUUCCGGUAAGACUAUGACUUUAUUUGAAGCACUUAGAAAGUCACCAAGGUUAGAUGUCCUUUCAUUGAAUUUUUCUAAAGAAACUUCACCGCUUUCUUUAAUGAAAUCAUUGGAACAGUUUUGUGAAUACAAAAAGACCAAUCGAGGUAUUCUGCUUUCUCCAAAAGUUAAUGAUAAGUGGGUUGUUGUGUUUUGUGAUGAAAUUAAUUUACCUAAAGUUGACAAAUAUGGUACUCAGAGGGUGAUUUCUUUAAUUAGAAUGAUGAUUGAACACAAAGGGUUCUGGAGAAUUAAAGAUCAGCAAUGGGUUUCACUUGAGAAUAUUCAAUUUGUGGGUGCCUGUAAUUCACCUAACGAUCCUGGAAGAAAUAAAUUGAGUGAAAGGUUUUUGAGACAUGCUUCAUUAAUUAUGGUUGAUUAUCCUGGAAUUGCAUCAAUGAAUCAGAUUUACCAGACAUUUAAUUUAGCUUUAUUAAAGUGUGCUCCAGAUUUAAGAGGAUUUGCAAAAGCCAUCACUGAUGCAAACAUAGAGAUUUAUCAAAGAUCUAGAGAAAGAUUCACCACCGAUAUCCAAAGUCACUAUAUUUAUUCACCCCGUGAACUCACAAGAUGGAGCCGAGGAUUGUUAGAAGCACUAAAAUCUAAAGAAUAUACAAAUUUCAACGCUUUUUUGAGAUUAUGGUAUCAUGAAGGAUUAAGGCUAUUUUAUGAUAGAUUAGUUACGGAUGAAGAGAAGGGUUGGACUUUACAGUUGUUCCAUGAUGUCUCGCUUAAAUACUUCCCCAAUAUUGAUCUAGAGAGUUGUUUUGAAGGUCCUGUCUUAUUCACUAAUUGGUUAACAUUGAAUUAUGAAUCAGCAAAUAAGAAUGAACUCAAAUCUUUCCUCGUGGAACGUUUAAGGGUAUUUAGCGAAGAAGAAACGGAAGUGGAUUUAGUUUUGCAUGAGGAUAUGUUAGAUCAUGCUUUGAGGAUUGAUAGGGUGCUCAGACAACCACAGGGUCAUAUGCUAUUAGUAGGGCCCAGUACCAGUGGAAGAUCUACGUUGUCCAAAUUCGUAGCGUGGAUAAAUGGGUUGAAAAUUGAACAGCUCCAUGUUAAACGAAACUAUACAGUUGAAGACUUUGAUGACACUUUAAGGAAGCUUUUAUUAAGGUGUGCAAGUGGAGAGAGAGUUUGCUUUAUUAUCGAUGAAUCAAGUAUCUUGGAAACUUCAUUUGUUGAAAGAAUGAAUACAUUAUUGGCCAACGCAGAAGUUCCUGGUCUUUUUGAGGGUGACGAUCAUACUGCAUUAAUGAACUUGUGUUUAGAAAUUUCACAUGCCAAUGGUUUAUUCCUAGAUACAGAUGAAGAAUUAUAUGGAUGGUUUACGGAACAAAUUUCCCAGAAUUUGCAUGUUAUAUUUAGUAUCAGUGACACUAAAAGUGGUAACAAUAAUGCGGUUGUUUCUUCACCAGCAUUGUUCAAUAGAUGUGUUCUUAGUUGGAUGGGUGAUUGGUCCGAUAGAAGUUUAUAUGAAAUUGCCACGGCGCGUAUUGAUCCAAUCCCAUUAGAUGUGUCAACGUAUUCUAUUCCAGCCACAUUUGAGCCAUGUAUCAACAGAGUGGCAGGCAAUUUUAGAGAUGUUAUCGUAGAUGUCAUGAUUUUCAUACACCAUCAACUACCAAAUUAUGAGGCAACCUUAUUUUACGAAAGAGCACCAAGCAACUUUUUGAAUUUUGUUGAAGCGUUCAGUACAUUGUUUCAUAGGAAGCAAUCCGAUAUGGAGGAAAGUCAACGUCAUAUUAGUGUAGGUCUUGACAAAUUGCGAGAGACGAUGGUCCAAGUUAAUAAAUUGAAGACUGAACUAGCGAAGAAGAAAGAUGUGUUAUCUUACAAGGAUAAAGAAGCAAGAGAGAUGUUGAAUAAAAUGAUUACGGACCAAAAUGAAGCAGAAAGAAGACAAGAGUUUUCGGUUGCAACACAGGCGGACCUUGAGAAACAAGAGAUUGAAAUUGAAAAGCGGAGAAAAGUAGUGUUGGAUGACUUAGCUGAAGUUGAGCCCACCAUUUUAGAAGCACAAAGAGGUGUCCAGAAUAUAAAGAAACAGCAUUUGACAGAAAUACGGAGUAUGAUGAAUCCUCCUGCAGCUGUUAAGAUGACUAUGGAAUCUGUAUGUAUUCUCCUUGGAUAUGACGUAGUUACAUGGAGAGAUGUUCAAUCGGUUAUUCGGAGAGAAGACUUUAUAUCUAACAUUGUUCGUUUUGAGACUGAAACUAAAUUAACACCAGAAAUCAGAGAAUAUAUGGAGCAAGUCUAUUUAUCAAGGGAAGAUUAUACAUUCGAGGUUGUUCAUAGAGCAAGUAAAGCAUGUGGCCCAUUGGUUGUCUGGGUAAAGGCUCAAUUGAACUAUUCUAAAAUUUUACAACGAAUUGAUCCUUUAAGAGAAGAGAUGCGAAAUAUUGAAUUAGAGACCAAGAAGACAAGGGCGAAGUUGAUUGCUAUUGAUCAAAUGAUUCUGGAAUUAAAUGCAAGCAUCGAAAGUUACAAGACUAGUUAUAGUGAAGUUAUCAGAGAUGCUGAAAAUAUAAAAACGGAAAUGAGAACAGUGGAAACGAAAGUUCAAAGAAGUCUUGCGUUAAUUGAAAACCUAAAGGUGGAACGAGAAAGAUGGAAGCAAAGUGUAAGCAAGUUCGGCUAUGACAGAGAACGGUUAGUUGGUAAUUCAUUACUUGUGUCUGCUUUUGUUGUAUAUGCGGGUAUAUAUGAUCAGAAGGGUAGACUAAUAUUAAUGAAGUUGUGGAAGGAGAAGUUACUUAAAAGUGGAGUCGUCUUUGAUGAGAAUUUAAGUAUUGCGAAUUACUUGACAGAUUCUAAGGAGAUUUUGAGAUGGGUGGAAUGUGGUUUGACCAAUGACGAAUUGAAUGUUGAUAAUCUUUCCUUAUUGCAAUAUGCAAAGACUCCUAUUGUUAUUGAUCCAGCAUCGAGCAUUGUUGACAUAUUGGAAAAAGCUGACGUGACUAGAUCUGUGACGAUAACAAGUUUCUUGAAUGAUGGACUAGUCAAUCAGCUUGAAAAUGCUUUAAGAUUCGGUGGAACAAUUGUAAUUCAGGAUUGUGAAUAUUAUGAUCCACUUUUAGAUCCUAUAUUGAGAAGAGAAGUAAAAAGAAAUGGAGGAAGAAUGAUAAUUACAUUGGGAGACCAAAUGAUAGACUUUUCUCCAAACUUUAAGUUGAUAUUAUGCACCAAAGAUCCACAGAUAGUGUUACCUUCAUCGGUUUCGUCAAGAACAAGUAUUGUGAAUUUCACUAUUACCAGUGGAAGUCUAGAGAAUAGAACAUUAGAUAUUGCAUUGAAGGUGUUGAAACCAGACGUUGAAAAAAAGAGAGCUGAUUUAAUUACUCUUAGUGGUGAGUAUAGGGUACGGUUGGAGAGUCUCGAGAAAGAACUUCUAGAUUCGCUCAAUCAAAGUGCUGGUGAAAUAUUAGAGAAUGAUUACGUAUUGGAAACCCUUGAAAGAUUAAAAUCUGAAGCGAUUGGAAUUAAUGAAAAGUUGGAUCAAUCAGCCGAUGUUAUUCUGAGCGUGGAAGAGACAAGAAAUACAUAUCAAGAAAUAGCCAAACAUUCGUCUGCUAUAUAUGCUGCAAUUGAGAUGCUCGGAUCCGUUAAUCCAUUCUAUAGCUUCUCACUUUCCACCUUUAUUUCUCAAUUAACAAAACACCUCGUGGACUAUGGUCAGGAUGAAGUUCCUUCAUUUAUUGCAAAAUUAUAUCAAGAGUCAUUUGCGGGUAUAUCACCCUCAUUACAGUUUAGAGAUAAAAUCAUAUUUGGGUUGUUAUUAGGAAUUGCUUACUACUCUGAAGACAUUGGAAAUAUAUUCAAAGAAUGCUUAUUGCAAAUCUUAAAGCUGGUCAGCUCAGAUUCUAAAGAUGCUGCUAUUGGGAGGGUGUUUGAAAUAUGUUUGGUAAAAAUGGAAGGAAACGAUAUUGAUGUUGCUAAGCUUUUAGAAAUGAAUCAAGAUAGUGCUACUUUGAAGUUACUCUCAAAGACAAUAUUGACUUUAAGUGAUCCAAACCAAAGGCAAAAAAUUGUGGAGACAUUUAGUGAUAUUACUCCAUUUUUGUAUAGUGGUGCUGCUCCAUACAGUUCUUCAUAUGAUCUUGACUACUGGUGCUCUGAAGGCAAGUUUAAUUCAAUCAUUAUGACUUGUCCGGAUGGUUUUGAUGCAUCAUACAAGGUAGAAAAGCUCGCUUUGGAAUCCAACAAGAAGUUAGCAAUUGUAUCAAUGGGUUCAAAGGAAGGGAUAGAGAUUGCAAAUUCAGAAAUUGAAAGAGCCAUACAAAAUGAUAGUUGGGUGAUUAUACAGAAUAUUCAAAUGUCACCUCAAUGGGUGACACACUUGGAAAUGAAAUUGAAUAUAAUGACUUUUGGUCAAGAGGUGAGGAUUUUCUUGACUUGUACUAAUAAGUCAAAAUUACCGGCUGGUUUGAUUGCAAGAUCGAAAGUGUUGAAUUUUGAAACCGAAUUGGGAUUAGCACGUAUUGUACUUGAUACUUUCAAAUCUAUUCCUUCCAAGAUAAUGGAAUCUGGACCGAUUGAAAUUAGAAGAGUGUUUGUUUUAUUGAUUUGGUACCAUUCGGUGAUUACAGAGAGGUCAAGGUAUGUUCCUGUGUCAUUUAAGAAAACAUAUGAUAUUAAUGAUUCUGAUUUUGCUUCUGGUUGUUAUGUUAUCCGUCAUGUUUUUGAACCGUUCAUGUCAAGAACGAAUAUCGAUCCAAAACUUGUUCCUUGGGAAAUAUUAAGGCAUCUUAUAGGAACGAUCACUUAUUCAAGCAAAGUUUCAGAUGAAGAAGAUAAGAAAUAUUUCAAAUCCCUCGCUGAGUAUUUGUUUACUGAGAAGUCAUUUGAUGCUACAUUUAACUUGAUUGAAAAUGAUUUGACAAGAGAGUCUCGUGAGGUUUUAAAUAUGCCCGAAGGGAAUUCCAUCAGUGAAUAUAAAGAAUGGAUUAUGAGUCUACCAGAUCAAACUCCAUUAUCGUGGAUUGGAUUGCAAGAAAAUGCAAAUACGCUUGUUGAUGAGAAAUUAGGACAAGAGGUUGCUUCUCGUGUAGUCAAUUUAUGUGAGAACAGUUAG